GGUUGUGAAGAAUCAACUAGUUCCGCUUGUUACAACUAGUCACAUGCGUUUCCUUGUUUAGUGCCACUUCCGCAUCUGACAUAAAGUAACUCUAGACGCUGUAUAAUGAUUUUAUAGCAUAAAUCGUUUCUAUUAAAGUGCAUUUUAAAGCGGACUGUUAACGAACAUGGGUUUGUGAUUGUGCGUGAUCGAAUUUGAUUACCAGGUGUUAGUCUGUUGCAUUUGCAAGACAAAACACGACACAGUGUCCCAUUUAGCUAGCUUAGCUUGCUUUUGCUAGCUACUUGAUCAGCUAGACUGUAGCCACUUCAACCUACACUAUUCAUUGGCUACACUAACGGAAUAGCUGGUUACAUCUUUUCAGAAUGAAGGUAUGUCUAAAAGUUGUUACUGUUCCAGUAUCAGCCGAGGCGAGGGGUGUAUUCGGGAUGCGUAACGUUCUAAAACGUUUCAAAAGUUGCAUGACAGAUGCUUUGUUAAUUACCGCUAUCAUCCAUUUUGCUAUGAUUUACGGCAUCUACCACGGUGUUUAUGUCAAACUCGUUUCUGUAAUUUAUGUUCGACAGUUUUGCCUUGAGCGCUCACGGAACGUUGCAGCAACCAUCCUGAAUGCAGCUUAGGUCAGGGGUGUGCAAGUCAAGAUGGUGGGAUAGUUUCAUUUCCUCCUGCAAACAGAAAUGUUAUGCCGCGUUCAUAACAACUGUGAACUCGGAAAUCUCCGACGUCGAGUGUUAAAGACAACUGGGAACUCAGGGGAAAAAAGAGCCACGAUGUUUUAUUUAUUUUUUAAACUGACCUCCAACUCGUAAUUCCUAUUUGGGAACUAUAACCAGGGCCUCUUUCUAGAGCUCCGAGCUGAAGAUCACUGACGUUAUGAUUUGAUCUACUAUUUUUCCGAGUUCCCAAUUGUCUGGAACGCACCAUUAUUGUAAGCAGCUUUGCUGCGUCAUUUUAGUUUUGUCUUGGCAGGCCUACUUGCUCAUGAGAUGUAUCAUGUCUUAGGAAUCACAGAAAUAGUGACACAGAGUGUACAAAACAUUAGGAACACCUUCCUAAAAUUGAGUUUUGCCCUCAGAACUGCCUAAAUUCGUUGGGACUCUACAAGAUGUCGAAAGUGUUCGACAGGGAUGCUGGCCCAUGUUGACUCUCAAUGCUUCCCACAGUUGUGUCAAGUUGGCUGGAUGUCCUUUGGGUGAUAAACCAUUCUUUAUACACACAGGAAACUGUUGAGUGUGAAAAACCCAGCAGCGUUGCUGUUGUUGACACAACAACCGAUGCGCUUGGGCACCUACUACCAUACCCCCUUCAAAGGCACUUAAAUAUUUUGUCUUAGCCAUUCAGUCUCUGAAUGGCACACACAUACAAUCCAUGUGCUUAAAAAUCCUUCUUUAACCUGUCUUAUCCUCUUCAUCUAUAUUGAUUGAAGUGGAUUUAUCAGGUGACAUCAAUAAGGGAUCAUAGCUUUCACCUGGUCAGUCUCAUGGAAAGAGCAAGUGUUCCUAAUGUUUUGUACCAUCAUUGUAAAUAUCACAAGGAAGGUGUUUUUUCUCAGUAGUCCUACUACAACAUUAAAAGUGCAGCACUCAUUUACUGCUUUUAUCAGUGUCAUUGUUUCAAAAUGAAUUGGUUAGGCAAUGAAUCAGUCCUGCAGUGAAACAGACCAAAUAAGCCUUACUAAGUAUAGUAUUUUAAUCGUGUACGAUUAUAUAUUUCCCCCAGGUGUCCAUGCCCCCCCCACACACAGCGACGUCUGUGCGGCUGUUAGUUCUGGCUGUUCAGCUGGUCCUGUUGGUGUGUGGAGGCCAGGCCAGUGACAACACCAAGAGGUGUAAACUGUUCUCUGAGUCCCUGGCAGAACGGAAGGUCCUCAGUCUUCUAGAACCACUCACUAACAAGAAGUAAGGAAUUACCGAAAUAGAAGAAAACAUAGAAAUAUCUGUGGUAUGUCCCAUUGCUUUAACAGGUGAGGGGUAUCAAAGCAAGUGUUUAUCAGCAAAAAAGUAAGACUCCACGCACACUGACGUCAGUUGCUUGGGGAGAUGAAAUUAUACUUUGUCAGCUGUCACGGAAAUUAGCUUUGCAUGAAGGUGUAAAAAGGGUAUUGAUCAGCAGUCAGGAGGCCACGUUAAGCUUGGAAACUCCCUUAGUUUUCCAGAGUGUGUUCAUUUUAGUCUACUUCACAUGUAACACUUAUACAAGGUAACGUUAGCUCACUGUUUUUUGUUCACGGUUCCCUUGGUUACAGUUUCUCGGUGGAGACUAAAAGCGGCAAGGAGAGCUACACGUACCAGUUCCAGGUGUGUGGGGAUGCGGGGAAAACGGUAGGAGCGGGACUCGUUCAGACCGGGAAAGAUGAGAAAGUGCUUGGCCUGUACAAUGCAACACAGGCUAUCGGAGGAAGUAAGAAUGUCCGUGUUCUUUAUCUUUUCCUUUGAAAAAGUCAUGUGACAGUCGUAUCAGUAUGUUACGGUAUGUUCUAGUAUCUCUGUAAGUCUGCUGUAGCAUGACCAGAUAUAGUGAUGCCCUUUCUCUCUUCCCUUCAUCGCUCUCGCUCGCUCUCUGCUACCCAUCACCCCCUACAGGUGACUGGGUGAUGCUGAUCUACAGCAACGGCACCAGGUAUGACGGCCACUGUUCCAAGGAGAUGAGGAAAGCCAUCGUCAUGAUCUCCUGCAACAGAGGAGUGGAAAUGGUGAGAGAGGGAAGGGAGGGUUUGGGCCGUAUUCUUCAAUGUCUAUAGAUCAUUGUGGUGUGAUGAUUUGACAUGCCUAUCUCGCUUUCUCCCUGUCACGAACUGAUGCACACCUCUCUACAUCCCCUCCUUUCAUCCUCCCUCUUCCUCAAACCUCUGUCUUCCUCUCUUUCUUUCUCUCACUCUCCCCAUUUACCUCUAUCUUAGGGGAAGCUGGAAGUGGUGUUGGAGGAGAGGGAGAGAGAGAGGGACUGUUUCUAUCUGUUUGAACUGGACUCCAGUGCUGUCUGUCCCGCUCUGCCAUCCCAGCUCAGUGCAGGCUCCAUAAUACUCAUAAUGUUAGUACUAAGAUUAUGCACCCUUCCUGAUUACACACACUCAUUUGACUACAAAAAUACUCACACACUUAUCCCCAACCCGCUGGCUUGCACACAGGGCAGCAACAAAGGCUCUCCAUUUCUGGCUCUCCAACACAAAUACUCAAUACCCUAUGAAAUGGACUUGUCAUUCGCUCACAACAAACAAAGCUACAAGACCAAGCAAAACUGAACGGAGAAAUGAAUGGUCAUAUUUACAUAUUUAUUGGUAUUCAUUAUGAUAAUGGUCUCUUAUUUCCUCAACGCUUAACACAGCAGAACACCAGAAUAAUUAUCACUGUGAAUCAUUGUGAUGUUUGUUCAUGUGUCAAUUAAUGGGAUGGGUUUCCAACAGGAGAUUUGACCCAGUAAUAUUUGUUCAUUCAUUCCUCUCUACCCCAGUGGGUUCGUCCUCUUGUCACUGUACCUCAUUUGUGGAUUCCUCUACCAGCGGUUGAUUGUCGGGGCCAAAGGGUUGCAGCAGUUCCCCAAUUAUGUCUUCUGGACGCAGGUUGGCAACCUGGCAGCGGUGAGUGUUUGUAGAGGUCACAACACUGUCUCACGUCAGACGGCGUCACUCCUACGUGAAGCUCGUCCCUCAAAAGAUCUGUCUUGUGGGACGUGGACCUCAUCUAAAAAAAAUCUAGAUUUUCCUAAUCUGCCUAACACUAGUUCCUAAUUCUGAAAAUCACUCCUCUCUUGGUAGCUAUGACACACUGGCUACUACGGCAAAUCAUGCUCGAUCAGCUGAGCAAACUUGCUCCAGCUAGCAGCCUAGUGCAAGCUUGUUUGAAUGGCCAUACAGUAGCUAGUUUGCCAGCUUGUUGAUGAAGUACGGCAGCAAAGUUAUGGGACUGUUCUUAGAAAUUAGCAUGUAUCUGACUCGGACAGAUGGCACUGUGCCUCGCUACUUUGUAACAUUUGGCCAACGCGAUAAUGUCACAGAGAGCAGUCAUCUGUGCUGUAGAACUCGGCGCGCUAAUCACGGCAGAACAGAUAUCAUGAAAACUAAUUUGUGCGUUAGCUGGAACUUCACUACACUAGCUAGCUAGAGGGAGUAUUCAGCAUUGAGUGGGUGAACUGGCGUUGUUAGCAUCCCUGCCUUUCGUUUCAUAUGGAUUGAUUUGAGACUGGUUCAGCCAGCAAGCAGACACGAGCUAGCUAGCAAAUGUUUGUGCACAUUUCGAAUGUCAUAAAUACUGAUUAUACCACCAGAAAAUACCGUAGCUAGAGAAUUAGGUAGUGAAGACUUGCUCAUGAAAAAAACAUCAAUAUUAGCUACAGGUUUAUUGUUUUUGGUAUGUUUAACUCUGACUCUUUUGAGGAUGAAAGGGGGUUUAGUGGACAAUGUCACCUUGGUAACAUUUUCGAACUUCUUUCUAGCUAUGCGAUGAGUGUUUGCGAGUUGUCAGAUAGAUCGGUGCAGAUGGCAGUUGCGCUAUCUGACGUGAGACAAUGGACGUCAUAUAUCUCUGGUCCAAUCCCAAACCAAACCCUAUCCCCUACGAGUGUUUAGGUCAGAAGAGGGUAUAUGGGUUGAUUUUGGGAUUCAGUGUAUGUGAAGGAGGGUAUAUGGGUUGAUUUGGGAUUCAGGGUCUAUGUUGAAGGAGGGUAUAUGGGUUGAUUUGGGAUUCAGGGUCUAUGUUGAAGGAGGGUAUAUGGGUUGAUUUGGGAUUCAGGGUCUAUGUUGAAGGAGGGUAUAUGGGUUGAUUUUUGGAUUCUAUGUCGGAGGAGGGUAUAUGGGUUGAUUUGGGAUUCAGUGUGUAUGUUGAAGGCCACAUUUAUGCAUUACUUUAGGGCACUUAGCUCUUCUGUGAGGGCUGGGAUUGGCUAGACAGUCAUAACUCUCUUCUCACUCUCUCUCACCCUCAGGAUGGAUGUAAUUUCGUGUGUAGGACACAGGGCCCCGAAGAGGAACCUCCCACAUACAGGGGCGUGUCCACAGAGCCAGAGGAGGAGCCAGAAGAGAGGGAUGACCACUUGCUUCCCAUGUGAUCUGAUGACGUCAGUAGUGGGAGGGAUCUAUCCCGUGUGACGCUUUUGACGCUUCGGAUAGAUAUUGCCCUUACGCACAGAUCUAGGAUCAUCACUUACUCUCUCCAAAUCCGGAGAAACAUAAAACUGACCUCAGUUCAGUGUCUAGGCGCAACUUCAUCCUAGUUCGUUUUGACAGUUUCAGGGACGAGUUUAGAGGUGGGCACACCAGUUUAUGGAAGGUUGGAAGAUCUGUCUGUGACAUCUGACUCCCAAACACUUAGUUCAUUAUAUUAGAUGAUAAGUCACCUCCCCUGGUUUGCAUGGCCCAGGCGUCAUUAUUUGGAGGUGGCAACAAAAACCUCGAUACACUUUUUUUCCUUUCAUGAACUGGAGUGGCCACCUCUGGAUGGAGAGUGAUGUCUCAAAAACUCUGUUACAUUUGGCACAAUACAAGGGUCGUUACUAGUUAACGCAGCCACAAAGUCAUGAACCCUGCCUAUUUCUAAAAUGUAUGUUCUUAAAAUCUGAUUUUAAACCU